GGUUGUUGUAGCCCCUCCCCUGCAAGUUGGGGGAAGUUCGUAAAGGGACCCGCUGAGCGCGCCGGCCCGGGGCAUGGGGGUCACGGUGGACGUGCACCAGGUUUUCAGAUACCCCUUCGAGCAGGUGGUGGCCAGCUACCUCCGCAAGUAUCCCAGUCCCAUGGAGAAACAUGUCACAGCUAUAAAAACCCUGGAAGAAAAAACAGAUUUGUCCACAGGGAUUAUUUACAGAAGGAGAAUUGCAACAUGUCAGAAUGUAAUUCCAGGAAUCUUAAGAAAGGUCAGUGUCUUGAAAGUGUCUGACAUCUACUUAGAGGAAGAAUCUUGGCUUAAUAUGCAGGAAAGAAAUAUGGUUAUGAAGUCUCAUUGCCUUACCUGGACACAAUAUGCAUCUCUAAGUGAAGAAUCUGUCUUCAGGGAAAGCUUGGAAAAUCCAAAUUGGACAGAGUUCAUCCAGAAAGGGAGGAUAUCCAUUACCGGAGCAGGGUUGCUCAACUGUGUAUUGGAAGCUUUUGCUCAAACCUUUCUAAAUCAAGGAGUCAAGAAGGGUAUUAGAAUAAUGGAGACUCUUCUGCAGGAACAGUGUGGGUGCCCGUUUUCCUGAAAAGUAACUGAAGAAAAGUGUCAUCAGAGCAAUAUAUCUUUAUUGCUGUCACUGUUUCCAGGGAAGUUAUCCAAAUUUUAUUGGUACCAUUUUAUUGAGGAAACAGAGUAUUCAAUAUGCACAGCUUGGAGAAAAGAUGACAAUUGUCUAUACGUCUUUUGGAUAAGAUUAAGGAAAGAUAUGCUGUUUAAAGGGACUCUGAUCCUGAGAGAUGUAAAUGUGGAAAUAAUGUCUUCAUGUGGAUUUCUGGUGAAAUUUCCAGAGACUAAGCAUUCACUGAGAGAACCAACAUUAGCAAAAACAUAAAUAGCCCUUUUUGCUGUGAAGAGAUCUUCUACCAUGUCAACCAGUUAUCUUGAGUCUUGCCAAGAGAGGUAUGAAUAUCCUCUAUUAAUUUUAAUAGUUUAUUUUGAAGCUUAGUUGUUAGCGACAGUGAUUCUAUUCACAGAAUGCAUAAUCUAAUAAGCGUCAAUGGAAAUGUGUUCCAUCAUAGUUCCAUGCAAUUGUAUGGACUCAGCAUCUCUCUGCAGGUAUUUGAUAUUUCCAAUGUGUCUGCAAAACCUGAAAACAAACAACAAAUUAAGGCUUCCUUUGGAAAAAAAAAAAAAUUGUCUAGUCCUUCUGAAUGUGAACUAAUGCAAAGCUUCCCUGCUAAGCCUGUAGAAACACAGAAACAGUAGUUCUGGGAGAUGAGACUACACCCAUGUGGAAUCAUCACCUCACCGAGGAGAAACCUGGUAAUGGCAAUUUAAGUGUGUACUUUGCUAAUUAUUUCACUGCUGAGACUUUUUAGCAGAAACAUCCAUCUAACAUGCCCAUGUUUAUUUCAAAGGAUGUCCCACCACUAUAAAGUUACAUGUUUUAAAGUGAAAAUAUUUGAUUGUCCCCCAAACGUGUGUGUUUGUUUUGUUUUUGUUUUGUUUGUUCCUGAUAGGAGCCAAUGGAGAAAUUUUUAAGGGGAUUAGAAGGUUUUGGAGUAAAAUUCUUAAGGGAAAAGAGAGCUCGCAUGGAUGAGGGAUUCAUUUUGAAAGAGCAAUUUUAUUUAAAACCUCUUAUUAAAAAUACAGUACAAGUAAGUUAGGGCUAGAUUUGGAUACCCUUGCUCAUGCUGAACAAUACCUCAGUCCACAAAGAGUCCCACUGAAGUCAAUGGGUGUCAGGUGGUACUAAGUGCUUUCAGUUGAGCAUGAGUGUGAUUGUUUUUACUAAUGAGGCCUUGGAGAGGAGAAAUUUUGGCAACUCCACACUGUGUACCAUGCCAGAGGAUCUUUAAUAUCCAUGCAGAACAGGCUGGGCCUCUGCUUUUAAAACCUUGUUGGAACAGCUUGA